AUGUGUUCACCGGAAGAUACAUUAAAGGCUCUGCUACUAGCUAGUCCAGAAAUGCUAAUACAUUCCCUCAAUGAUGUCACAGUUUCCAUGGAUUUCUUUCGCCACUGGUUUCUUCAACAAUUCAGCGAGCCGAAGGGAGAUGUCGCUUGCAGCUUGGAAAAUUUUGCUAUAUACUUCCUGAAUACCUUGCGACAACAAACUGACAACUAUCUCCGAUCUAAUGAGAAUGAACCAACCGUUCAAACAACAAUACGAACGGAGAAUACCAUCGGUGAUUUUUAUGGAUGUGGCAAAAAUUUAAAUGUGAAUGAUACACCCAAGCGCCAACCUUUAACAUACAGUCAGAACUCUGCGCCAUCUACACCAAAUUUUUCUUCUACACCUGAGCAAGUCGGCAAAGCUAAAGCACACUUUGAAAAUAGCCCAGUUGAGGAUCUGUCGGCACAUUUUCGAAACACAAACAAAAAUACUUCCUCGGCUAUUUCCACGCCUACGCAGUCGAUGGAUCGAAGCCUGAGAAAUAUUGUUCAGAGCGACUCAUCAACACCCAUCCGCCGCCACCAGAACAGCAACCGCCGAUCGGGAAAUAGCUCAAUAAUGCAAACAACGCCUCAUGGCGCUGAAAAGCCGAGCCGCAAUAACAGCACUUCAUCCAGCUUUUGUCUGGGGGACUUUAUGGUAAUCCAACAAAGCAACAACCGAUCGAGCCGAAAGAAAGCAUCCCACACACCAAUUACAAACGCUACUGCCGCAUCUUCUAGUGAAUCUGUAGCAAAUAGUAAACCCAAAAAAAGAGUAGUACCAACUACUAUAAGUAACCGAACCGUUGCAAGUGGUACUGGCGAAUUAAAGCUUUUUGGCUGCAGCAGUUCAUUCAGUAACGAAAAUAAUAUACUAAAACUUACAAAUGCUGAAAUUGAGGAUAAAAAUAAAUGUAGUAUUGUGGCUGCAAGAAAGUCACUGAAACUUAAUGCGAACGAUAUAAGUAAGGAAUUGGAAACUGCUUGUGUUGGAAAUGACGAGAAAAACUUGCGGGGGAUGAUUGAGCGAAAGCUACAAGAUGUUACAUGCAAAGUGGAAGAUGAGACAACAGAAGCUUCGGUUAGCAAGCAACUGCCUCCUGUAGAACUUGAUAAAAUAAAAAAUCACGCAUACAUUCAACGCUUAGCGGAUAUCUACGUAAUUUUAAUGGAUAUGAAUUUCGUAACGAACGUUCUUAGCGAAAUGGCAUUUAUGUUGAAUUUGUUGAACGCACAGGAAAGAACGGUGGAACCGAUUCAGAAUGACUCCAAGCCACCCAAUGCACAAUUAGAAAAGGAUAAAGAAUUAUCAAUGGGCAUACAUAUGCUAAACAAUGCUACAAACUGCAUUUACUUUGCAUUGUGUGUGCUGAAGCGCCAGCGGCACUUGUUUGCUCAUCUGGACAUCAAGAGUUUGGGAGUUGUCCUACACAAUGAGCGCGUUCAUAUUCUUGACAUGGACUUGAAGUCGUACCUGGAAUUCAUUUAUCAGCGCAAACAAUCGUUGCUGCUCGGGAAGUCUCACACAACUGACAUCUCUGCUCCAAACGAUCGCUCAUUUAAAAGCGUAUAUUAUCAAGAAGACAAAGACUCGAGACAGCAUUUCACAUCCAAUUAUGAGUUUGGCGCUUUUAAAACGCAAAGAGAUCUAUUUUAUAAAGUACUCAAGUUAUGGGAAGCACACCAUCUUAAUCCGAAUUGGAACUUCGCUCAAGAAUUGGCACCGAGAAUUCGUGAAAUAUUUAAACAGUCAGAGAAUCCAAUUAACAUGGCACACUUUUCUAAAUUGUUUGUCUCACAGCUCUUGAUAUCUGCAAGUGAUGCUGCCUCCCCUGAGGACAUUGGCUUAGAGGUUGAUGCGGAAAAGUUUAGUAAAUUGGCACAACGUCUCGUGGCACCUAGUAACUUCAGCGUCGACUAUCAAUUUCCGCGUAAUCAAGCAUUUUUUCGUGAUUUCAUCAGUGAAGCCAAAUCCAUACCAUUUUUUGAACAGUUGAAAAUGGCACUCUAUUCUCAACUGAUUGCCUUAAACAAUUCCACAUUUGAGCAAUUGAAUUUGAGUGACAACAGGGAUGCGGAUGAGUUCGAAACGGAAAAUGAUAAAAGCGAAAAUAGUGAAUUCAUAGUGCGUCCAGAGGUUCUGACGUCCAUGAUAAUUUUAGCGAAAUUUUUGGGCUUUGUAACAGCAUAUCCCUAUUGCCAGAACUUGUACACCUCUGCUAUAUCCGGCAACAUUGAAAAAAAACAGUUAAUAUUGCGCAGCUUAUUUCAGCCGCAUUUUAGUGUAUCCUAUCACCUUCUAGAUGCUAUUAAAGGCAAUAAAAUGCUUAUUACAUUACCUUGGCUGGUACAGUAUCUUGCAAUGUUGGACAAUGUUACGCUACAAAUGGAAGAUUUCGUCAAAACCACUCUCAUUCUAUUUUCAUUAUACACACAAAUCUGUUUCAAUUCGUCGCCUACAAAUUUAACGCCAACAUCUAUAUUCAUCCUGCGUUGCUGCUUAGGUUGGCUCUUUGAGACAAAACCUAUCAUGUCGGAAAGAUAUUUUAGAUAUAGAGCCUCCCAAACAGGCACUGAUAACAACAGUAACGAGAAAUAUUCGGAAUGCCAACAACUAACUGCAAGCAUGUUUCGUGCAGCCGAUUUUCGUUUUGCAAGUAUGAGCAACAUUGGUUCAAUGGAAAAAGAGAAAAACAUAAAUUUGGAGACAACACUGAACCCCAUACUUGAAUCUUUGCUUACUGUUGCUUGCCCGUUUCUGGCAGAAUUUCGUGUUGCUAUUAUGCCAAGCAAAUAUGCAACUACUAAAUAUGUGUCACGCACAGGCCGAUAUCGCCACAUAACUACACGCAUUGCAGAUUCACAACCUCCAGCAACCAAUUCACCAUCACACUCCGGAUAUCAAGCGAAUCCGAACAUCUUAAACUCGCAACAAUCUCUACAAAAUAAACUUAUUGAAGCAUUUCUUCAUUCUCAGAAUGUUUCUAUGAGACGACUCAUAGAGUUUGUAACCGAAAGAGUUUACAAGUCGGUUGUAAAGGACGUACAGCACAAAUAUAUACUGCCUUCAAAAGCUGCUGCGGACAAGCGUGUAAACGAGAUCACUUCGUCCAAUACUGAUGAAGUUUUUAGAAAAAUAUCCACCAUCUAUGAAAGCGCCUAUGCAGAUGCCCGACAACAGUGGGAAACUGGCUUACCAAAACGGGUGGAUCAACGUGUUACAACUGCUCUCAAAGCUCUGCUCCCAGAGGAAACAACUCCUGUCGUAAAAAGAACAUAUUCUCAAUUAAUACAAAAAAAUGCAAUGAAACGUAUUCAACAGUGGUUUCAAGAUAAUCUGCAACGAAAUAAUAUUUAUUGUGGCGAUCUUAACGAAAUCACGCAAAAAAUAUGCAAAGUAAACAAAAAGGAACAACAAGUGCCGUCGCUGUCGGAAUUAAAAAUAGUGCAGCUUAAACCCAGCGUAUCCGAUUUACUUGACGAACUACAGUACUGGCUCCAUUGCACUUCGACCCGCACUGAACUGGUAGCGACAGAACCUAAUUCCAUUAUAUCAUUCUUGCAGAGAAUACCCGAAGCGUUUGUGAAUACAUUGCCCAUAAUAUUUUACCGUCUAAUCGGAGGAGGCGUUGUGCAACUUAUACAACACCUAAUUAUUCAUAAACCAGAAUGCCUUACAACAGAACUCAUGAAAUCUUCUUGUAAAGUUUGGUUGCAUUCAAAUUUCGAAGUUCUCGGAAACACUGCUGAGCGAAGCAAAAAAAAUAAUAAGAGAAACGCGCAGCUUGAAAUAAACGAGAGUGAUGACGACAGCAAUAGUUCCAGCUUGGCAGAGUCACAAAAAACCCCUAGUAUUUACGACGGACUGGUCACAGUAGCAUUUAUCGAAACUUUGGGAGUAAAUAGUGAUCGUUUUGGAAAACUAAAAGACUUGUUAGUUUACAUGAUUGAGAUGCAAGUACUUACUUUAGACAAGGUUAAUGUGUUGUUUGUGCCAAUUUUCAAGGAGAAUUGGCCCGCCAAUGUGCUGAACGAAAUCUCAAAAACACUACAAUGCAUUGCUGAUGAGGCCAUCCAAAUUCGGAGAACAAAGAUUAGAGGCGCCGUUAACAAUGGUGACAGUAGUGAUGACGAAGCCAAAUCUCAUUUAUUUAUGGAAGUAUUGGCCGAUCUCUCGAGAGACACUGAUAAUUUAGGUUUUUAUUAA